UUUUUACAGUCCGUCAACAAAUUGUAUCUUAAAGCUGAAAAUUUAAAAAAUAUAUUUAGUAACAUUAAUAUGAAAUUACACAAUUAUUACUCGACGAUUUUUAUUAUACAGUAAUUGUAAUCUUUAUAUACUCUUAGGAACAUUAUAGGAAAACACUUUCUCGAGUUUAGAAUCGCAAAGUAGCUAACGUUAAAAGGUCGUGGGUGGCAUGCCUGAGCUCGCACGUGUGUUACUGAGAAUGUGGAGGACAGGUGGUCUGAGGCUGGCAGGGAGAGAACCAGUCAGACUCUAUUCCAGCAACCCACCAAAGCCUUCACCUCUCUCUUCAUCUCGGUCAAGCUCCUUUCCACAGUGCCAAGCUGAGAAACAUAGGCGUAAACGGCAGAGGGAGGAGGCCAUACUUUCAAGUCAGCGCAGUACUGCAGAAGAAGCAGCAGUGAAAUGGAGUGAGAAGCAGAAGAUAGCGUACACUUCACAAACACCUCCUGGGACAAAGAAAGACACCAGCUUGCCAUUCCCAGGCUCGUACUGUCCAGAGUAUGUGGAGGCCAGCUGGUAUGGAUGGUGGGAGAAAGAAGAAUUCUUCAGUCCAAAGCAACAUGAGAGGUUAUCUCACACUUUGGAUCAGACAUUCUCCCUGUGUAUUCCUCCUCCAAACGUGACCGGUACUCUGCACCUGGGUCAUGCCCUGACAGUUGCUGUAGAAGAUGCUCUGGUUCGAUGGAAAAGGAUGCAGGGCUACAGAGUACUUUGGGUCCCUGGGUGUGACCAUGCAGGUAUUGCAACACAGACGAUAGUGGAGAGGAGACUGCAGAGGGAAAAGGGGAAGCGCAGACAGGACUUUACCAGGCACGAGUUCCUACAGGAGGUGUGGAAUUGGAAGAAUGAGAAAGGAGAAGAGAUCUACCACCAGCUGAGGAGGCUUGGAGCAUCUCUGGAUUGGAGCAGAGCAUGUUUCACAAUGGAUCCAGAUUUCAGCAGGGCUGUUACUGAGGCCUUUGUAAGGCUGUGUGACUCUGGUCUAAUUUAUCGCUCUGAACGUUUGGUCAACUGGAGCUGUGCUCUCGAAUCUGCCAUCUCUGACAUAGAGGUUGACUCAAUGGAGCUGUCUGGGCAGACCAUGUUGUCUGUUCCUGGUUAUGAAAACAAAGUGGAGUUUGGAACAAUGCUUACCUUUGCCUACCCGUUAGUAGGCCACAAUGGAGAAGUGGCAGUGUCCACCACCCGUCCGGAAACUAUACUGGGAGAUGUGGCUAUCGCUGUUCACCCUGAUGAUCCUCGAUAUCAGGCAAUUCAUGGGAAGCAGUGCAGACACCCCUUCACCAACAGACUCCUUCCCAUCAUCACUGAUUCAAUGGUGGACAUGAAGCUAGGAACUGGUGCAGUGAAAGUAACUCCUGCUCAUGACCACAUUGACUUCCUGCUGUCACAGAGACACUCACUACCACACCUCACUGUAAUUGGAGGAGAUGGGACCAUGACACACCUCUGUGGGCAGUGGUUGGAGGGAGUCAAACGUUUUGAUGCCAGACAACUGGUUGUGGAUGCCCUGACUGAAAAAAAGCUGUUCAGAGGAAAAAAGGAUCAUGUCAUGACUUUACCUGUGUGCAGUCGCUCAGGAGAUAUUGUUGAACCUCUUCUAAAGAAGCAGUGGUUUGUUCGCUGUGGUGACAUGGCUAAAAAAGCUAUACAGGCUGUGGAGGACAGACAGCUGGAAAUCAUCCCUCAGUUCUACACAAAGACAUGGAAGAACUGGCUGUCCAACAUCAGUGACUGGUGUAUUUCAAGGCAACUUUGGUGGGGGCAUCAGGUUCCAGCUUACAAAGUGGAGCUUCUUAAUUCUACUGAUAAGCAAGAGGAGCAGUGGGUUUGGGGACGGAGUGAGGACGAGGCCCGACACAGAGCUGCUGUCAAAUAUAGAGUGAAGCCGGAGGCCAUUGCUUUGACUCAGGACCCUGAUGUCCUGGAUACAUGGUUCUCCUCAGGGCUGUAUCCUUUCGCAAUGCUUGGCUGGCCUGAGCAGACCACUGACCUUCAGCAAUUCUACCCUAAUUCCAUUCUGGAGACAGGCAGUGACCUCAUCUUCUUCUGGGUUGCAAGGAUGGUGAUGCUGGGCACAGAGUUGACUGGACAUCUGCCUUUUAAACAAGUUCUACUUCACCCUCUGGUGAGAGAUAAACAUGGUAGGAAAAUGAGUAAAUCUCUUGGAAAUGUCAUCAAUCCAUUAGAUUUUAUACACGGAGUCUCUCUAGAGCGGCUUCAAGAAAAAGUGAAGAAGAAGAGCCUUGAUCCCAGGGAGCAGUUGAUUGCCAUGGAAGCACAGAAGAGAGAUUUCCCGAAGGGGAUUCCCGCAUGUGGGACUGAUGCUCUGAGAUUCGCCCUUUGCUCUCACAAGAUGCAGGGAGAAGACAUCAGCCUAUCCAUCUCUCAGGUCCUGAGCUGCAGAAACUUCUGUAACAAAAUGUGGCAGACACUAAGAUUCACACUGAGAGUGAUGGAAGAUAAUACAUCACCACUGAGAUGUCUGGAAGAGACAACCCCUUUGAGCAGCAUGGACCAGUGGAUAUGUUCCAGACUCUACAGUACAGUAAUACAGUGUGAGCAGGCUUUUGAAGCCUAUGAGCUGCAUACUGUCACAUCUGCCCUAUACUCGUUCUGGGUCCACAGCUUGUGUGAUGUCUACAUGGAAUAUGUGAAGCCUGUACUGGUCCAUAAGGUUCACCAGGAUGAGAGGGCAGUGGGCCAGGCAGACACAGAACAAAGUGGCUCAUCAGUACAGGUGGCCUGCAGUGUCCUUUAUCACUCUGUGUCCAUGUCUCUGGCCCUGCUCUCACCAUUUAUGCCCUUCAUCACUGAGGAGCUGUGGCAGAGACUCCAGCCAUUCAGACCUGGAGCUACUGCCCAGAUACAGACCAGCCUGUGUUUACAGAAGUACCCCUGCUCUUCUCAACUGGCACACUGGCAUUUUCCUGAAGUGGAAAGAGAUUUUUUAUUGAUCCAGGAAGUGAUCCGAGUGGCCCGUUCACUCCGAGCCCAGUGUGGCAUGACCAAAGAAAAACCUGCCAUGUGGGCAGUGUGUUCACCAAGCCAGACCCAAGUUUUUCUUCAGUUUGAAUCAGCUCUUCAAACUUUAAGCCGGAUCUCCAACCUCCAUAUCUACUGUCCCCAAAGAGCAGACAGCCUCCACUCUGUCUACUCCACUCCUCCACCUAAAGGAAGCCUUAUUGGUGUGGUGGACCACACAUGUCACUUACAUCUUCAUGUUCAGAGUGGAAUGAACAUUGAAAAACAGAUCCUGCAGCUCUCUCAGCGCAGAGACAAGCUUGCACCAAAGCUGGAGGAAAUCCUAUGCCAAGUCCAGUCUCCAAACUAUCUGACCAAGGUUCCUGCUCAUGUCAGGCAGCGGAUAGGCAAUAAAAUGUCAGCCUUGAAGCAGGAACUGAAGACCAUUGAAGAUCAGCUGAGGGUCCUGCAAGUGACUCAAACAACAGAAUAACUACAGUCAAGAAGCUUUGCAAUGGGCAUCUGUCCAUUAUCUAUCCCUUUGCAUGGUUGCUGGGCUAGACCCAUUCCCAGUUGACAUUGGAUGAAAUGCAGGAGAUUUCCUGAUCAGUUCACCAGUUCAUCACAGGGCUGACAUAGAGAGACAAACAACCACUCACACUCACAUUAAUCUAAUAUCACUUAAACUUUAACCUCAUCUGCAUGUCUUUGAACUGUGCAAGGGAGCUGGAGCACUCAGAGGGCAGACACAGGACAAGCUUCACAUGGCCUUGGUGGGUUUGAAUAGAACUUUUUUGCUGUGACAUGCCAUUGCUAACCACUGUGCUGCUGGAGAGCUUAACAUUGUGUGACUAUGAUGCAAUACUGCACUGUAUAAUAAUCCACUCACCAGGGCAUGAAUAAGUUUUGUUCAUGCACAGAUGGCAGUGCAUUGCUCCUGAUCAGCUUGUAUUUGUGUCCUUUGGCCUUUUAAGAGAUCACAACAAAGACUUUCUAUUAACAUUUGA